ACAUACCUUCCAAUUCGAAGUCCCAGUUAAAUUCUUCUGCAAAAGGAAAACAAAUUAGGGAGAGCGCGUGGGGGUGGGGGGCUUAAUUAAAAGGAGUAGUGAGCUGUGUGGGACCCACCACCCAUGUGCCCUUCUUCCUGUCUCUACCGGCUCUUCUCCUGCCGCUCAAUGAUUAGCUCUCUGUUCCCUCUUCUCCUCUAAACCAAACCAAGAACCCUAACCCCAGCCCAACAUCAAUCUUCAUUAAAACGUUUUCUUUCUUUCUCUAUUACCUCCGUCUUCACUUCAGUUUACUUCCUCAUGUCUAAUUCAGACGCUGCCACUAACGUUGCUAUUAUUGACGCCCAACGGCAACAACCCUCCGGGAAUGGCGCCCUCGCCGUCAAGAAGCCUCCCGCUAAGGACCGUCAUAGCAAAGUCGACGGUCGCGGUCGGAGAAUCCGUAUGCCUAUCAUUUGCGCUGCGCGUGUCUUUCAGUUGACUCGUGAGCUUGGUCACAAAUCCGACGGCCAGACCAUCGAGUGGCUGCUCCGCCAAGCUGAGCCUUCUAUCAUAGCCGCCACUGGUACCGGGACUACUCCCGCUAGCUUCUCUAACGUCUCCCUGUCCGUGCGAGGCGGCGCCAAUUCUACUUCGUUGACGUCCGCGGUUUCCUCUUCUGCUGGUUUCACCGCUUCGUUGGAUCACAAACCCUCGUCGAUGGGUCCUCCUCCCUUCAUUCUGGGAAAAAGGGUGAGGGCCGAUGACGAUGGGACCAAGGCAGGGGACGAAAAUACAAUCACUGCCUUGGGGCCCACGGCGGUGGGGUCGAUUGUGGGGCCUGGUACUCCCGGUGCAGGGUUCUGGGCGGUGCCAGCCCGGCCGGAUUUCUGGAGUUUCGCUGCUGCUGCGGCCACUGCGCCGCCAGAGAUGGUUGUGCAAGCGGCACAGCAACAACAGCCACAUCAACUGUUUAUGCAACAGCAGACCAUGGGAGAGGCGUCGGCUGCCAGGGUCGGGAAUUAUCUUCCUGGUCAUCUCAAUUUGUUGGCAUCUUUAUCCGGUGGACCCGGGAGUUCGGGUCGGAGAGAAGAUGAUCCUCGUUGAAUGUGGGUUUGAAAUGGUCUGUUGGUUGUGUUGGUAUAUAUAUAAUCCUUAUAUAUUUAUAUCUAUAGAUAUGAUGUGAAUGUUUAAUUGUUGUUUUCAUUUGUGUGGAGAUGCAGAGAGGAUUUUUUUAGUGAAUUUUAGGGUUAGGGAUUAGCGUUUGGAGCAAUUUGGGAAGUUUAAGUAUGGAUUCAAUUAGGGUUUUAGUGUUUCGUUUGAUGAUUAAUUAGAGUUUUAGGGUUCAAUUGUUUAGGUUCCAGGAGAAAGGGAGUGGAAAUUUCAGGUCUGUGGCAAAGACCUUAGAAGGGAUUUUCAGAAAUAAAGCUGUUAUGCAAAGUCAGUGUGGCUUAUUUUUUUCAAGCUUGGGGACAUCCUACUACCUAGAUGAGUAAAUUGAAUGUUUUUUUUUUUUUUGUUGUUGUUUGCCAAAGGAGUAGUUGGAAUUGUGCUAUUUUGGUUUUGGAACACUAUGCUUGCAGACUAGGGUUUGAAAAACAAACGGGUUAUUAAACAUGAUAAUCUGUAAAUUUGUUAGCAUUCCCUUCUCUGAUAUGGCAAAUGAGAUUUCUGAAUUCCUUGGCUGCGACUUGGGCAAAUUGUUAAAGACGAGUUGUUGAUGAUUCUUGGUUUGGAUUUGAUGUUUUACCAUGACUACUUGAUAUGGAGAAUGGUUAUAUGAUUUAGUAUGGUCGCAGAUGGCCUCUUCCUCUCUCUGUCUCUCCCAGUUUCGCCAACAUCUUUGCUUAAUGGUGUGCGGAUGCUGGUUUCUAUGUAAGACCUCUGCUUUGAAACUUAGCAGUAUUAGUAGCCAUAUCUUAGAUUAAUGGUUGUGAAAAAUAAUGUGUUUUCCUUGAAUGUAAGUGGAUUGUUUUGGGGUAUCUGUUGUGUGAAUAAAAGAAACCCUUCUGUUUCACAUUA